UAUCCCAGCCAAUCCCACUCCCUAUAUCUCAAUCCAAGUUUAUUGCCUCUCCUUCCAAAUUGUUAGAGAAAUUCUGGGUUUUAUUAUCUGAAAAAAAGUUGGUUUUGGAGAAGAAAAAGUGUGAUAGAGAGAGAUGUUUCAAACGGUAGCCCUUAAUUCCCACUGUUCAAAUUCAAAAUCUUGUCACAAUUAAAAGGUGAUCAGUCCCAAAGCGUUGAAAAAAAGUUGCACAUUGUGAGAAAUGGAGAGCUUAUCAAACAGUGAUGAGAGUUAUGAUGCAGGAUAUCAGCCUUCUCCUUCUUCAGCAGAUCAUUCGCUUGACUCGUUCGCCUACUGCCGGACUAACUCUGAAGCCUCGGCCUUCUCCGAAGAUCACAGCUGCUUUGAACCCGCCUCGCCUCUCAGCUGGCAAGGCCUCAAGUCCCCUGCACGCGCCGCCCUCUCCAGAUUAGGCAUGAGGCAGCACAAGCAUGGCUUGGAUGAUGAGAUCAUGGAUCUAGAGCUGGAGUUGAUGAAGGAGAGAUUUUCAAGGCUGUUGCUGGGAGAGGAUAUGUCUGGAAGUGGUAAAGGAGUCUGCACUGCUGUUGCAAUCUCAAAUGCCAUAACCAAUCUUUAUGCUUCUGUGUUUGGUCAGCAGCAGAGGUUAGAGCCACUGCAUCAUGAGAAAAGGAUGAUGUGGAAGAGAGAAAUGAACUGUCUAUUAUCUGUGUGUGAUUACAUACUAGAAUUCAGACCUUCAUUGCAGACAUUAAAAGAUGGGACUACUUUAGAGGUGAUGGCAAGCAGGCCAAGAUCAGACAUUCACAUCAACCUCCCAGCUUUGAAGAAACUCGACGCACUCCUCCUGGAUGUUCUUGACAGCUUCCGGGAUAAUGAGUUUUGGUAUGCUGAGCAGGGGAGUAUGUCAGGGAACUCGACCCGUUCUGGAUCAUUCAGGAGGAUCGUUCAGCCACAGACACAGCGGAACGAGGAGAAAUGGUGGCUACCUGUUCCCUGCGUCCCCCUUGGUGGCCUCUCCGAGAAAAGCAAGAAACAUCUGAGGCAGAAGCACGACCGUGCUAGCCAGAUUCACAAGGCAGCAAUGGCAAUAAACAGUGGCAUUCUUUCUGAAAUGCAGAUCCCAGAAUCAUACAUGGCUACCCUGCCCAAGAGUGGAAAAGCAAUUGUGGGAGAUACAAUCUACCGCUACAUGUACAAUGCGGAGAAGUUCUCACCUAAUCAUCUGCUUGAUUCUCUCAACAUAAGCUCCGAGCACGAAGCCCUCGAGCUGGCAGACAAAGUCGAGGCUUCCAUGCACACAUGGCGGAGGAAAAUUUGCAUCGCUCACUCAAAAACAUCAUGGGAAGUGGUUAAAGAUCUCAUGUCUGACAUAGAUAGGAAUGACAAGAACCAUAUCUUGGCUGCAAGAGCGGAGACUCUCUUAUUCUGCUUGAAGCAGAGAUACCCCGAGCUUUCACAAACUACAUUGGAUACAAGUAAAAUCCAAUACAACAAGGAUGUAGGACAGGCGGUGCUUGAGAGCUAUUCAAGAGUACUUGAAGGUUUGGCAUUUAACAUCAUUGCUUGGAUUGAUGAUGUACUGUUCGUAGAUGAAACGAUGAAAAGUCAAGAGUAGCAGCAGCUAAUUUGAAGAAACAGGAAAUUUUUUAGUGCAAUUAUUUGUUUUAGUAUAGACAAGAAGAGAAGCCCCCUUCAUAGACAAUAUUUUUUGCUUUUCCUAAUGAAGGAGCCAAAUUAUCAUAUGUAAAUCAUCCAAUGUGCAGUCAUUUUUCAUGUACAGGGACUGAUUCAUGAGUUUUAGUCA